AUGAACCCCAAGACACAGGAAUCUGGUGAGUCUCACAAUGGUUGAAUGGCAGAGGUGUAUUCAGAUUAUAUUUCUGUCUUUGUAAAUUAGUUUGUGUUUGUCUUUCAGAAGAGGGCUCUGAACUGGAGUCUGACUUCAACUGGGAUGAAUAUCUGGAGGAGAAUGGAGUAUUGGCGGUUCCACAUCACGCCUUCAAACAUGUAUGUCUUAUUUCACUGUAUCAGGGCCCAUUUGCAGAUAUGGUACUUAUAUUUAGGGCCCAGAGCUUUUCAUUGUCAGGGCCCUAUUUAUUGUAUAUCCACAUACACACCCUUCCCUCCCUCUCAGGUGGACCAUAGCCUGCAGACAGGGCUGGCCCCAGGGAUGAGUCUGGAGGUGUGUGUGCGUUCGGAGGCUGACCAACCCUACUGGGUGGCCACCAUCAUCACCACCUGUGGCCAACUGCUGCUGCUGCGAUACGAGGGUUACCAUGAUGACCGACGAGCAGACUUCUGGUGUGACAUCAUGACCUCUGACCUACACCCUCUGGGCUGGAGCAGGCAGCACGGGCAACCAAUGAGACCGCCUGAGGGUGAGGAGGGGGUGACAUAGGGGUUGAUGGAAAUAUGCGUUUGUGUUGCUGUAGACCGGUUGGGCGCUGUGCUCAAAUAAAUGCAUUGGAAUACUCUGUUAAAGCUUUUCAUACAGGAAUUAACAGGAUAUAGAUGUACAAAAUGUAUAAAUGUGAUGUGUGUACAGGUGUCCGUGAGAAACAUGCUGACUGGGAAGCUGUCCUAGAGGAGGCUCUGGCUCAGGGAGGGAGCGCACCAGCACACCUACUGGAGGGGGUGAGUCUGGGGGAGGGAGGAGUGGGGAGGGUGGGGACACUACGACCAUAACUAUAGUUGGGACCUAUUCAACAUUACUAAUCAUUUCAGAACAGCUUGAUUGUUUAGUAUCAAUAAAUGUCAAUAUUUUCUAACAUUCUCUGUGUGUGUCCAGGCCCAGACAGGAGGAGACCUGUUCCCCCCGGGGUGGUGUGUGGAGCUGCAGGACAGUGUGGACCCGGGGGUGGCCUGGGGGGCCCAGGUGGAGGACAACGUAGGGGGCCGUCUGUGUCUGCGCUACACUGGGACGGAGGGGCUCACCCAGUCACAGGCCAGGCGCUGGGUAUUCUACCUGGACCCCCUCUUACACCCACCUGGCUGGGCUGAGGAGAACAGCUUCUCUCUCACCCCACCUGCUGGUAAGGAACAUAACUGCCUCUGCACCUUAUGGCGCUGUUGACCAACCCUGGACCUGGAAAACUACAGAGUAAACACAAAUACACCUCAAUCAAUGAAUCAUCAAGAUCUUGUUGAAUAAGAUGUGUUAAUGCUGGGCUGGUUGCCUGGUGACCACUGUUGUAGUGUGUUUGUUUGGGUGCUUGUGUAAGUAUUAGUGAAAGUUAGUGAUAAUGUCAUUGUGCUGUGUUGCAGUGCUUCGUGGUUUGCGCAGUGAAACAGAGUGGGAGGAGGUGAGAAAGAACAUUAGACCGCCUAAAGAAGAAGCCAUCAAUGAAGACUUCUUUAAGGUAUUCUCUCUCUCUCUGUCUCCCCAACCCUCUUUCUGUCUCUCUCUCCCUCUGGCAUAUCUCCUGUGUGUGUGUUUGUAGGACAGGCCAGUCCUCUCUCCUCACUGCUUCUCUGAGGGGAUGAAGUUAGAGGCAGUGGACCCCGCUGCCCCCUUCAACACCAGCCCAGCUACUGUCACCAAGGUAACGCUCACAUGUCACCACAGUAACACCCCGACCUCACCUCACCUCAUCCACACAGCAUCCGUCAUGUGGUAGGUUGCCCCUAGAUGUAUGGGGCUGUAACAGUGAUGUCAUCAUUGUGUUCCCCAGGUGUUGAGCGACCAGUACUUCCUGGUGCAGAUGGACAGUCUGCAGGGAGAAAGUGAGGGGGCGGGGCCUGGCUUAUCCCUACUCUGUCACUAUGGGAGCACCGGAAUCUUCCCUGCCCAGUGGAGCCUUAAAAAUGGGGUACCCCUCAGUCCCCCUCCAGGUAGGGCAGAAUACACGCACCUCAGGCACUCUACUGCUCCAGUGAAAUGGAUCACAGAGUUUACUGUGUCCCUGGGUGUGUGGAUGUGUAGGUUACCAGGGUCAGAACUUUGACUGGGCGGAUUACCUGAACCAGUGUGGAGCAGAGUGCGCACCAGAGAGCUGUUUCCCUGUGGUGAGACACACAACCACACACACACACGUUUGUUUUAAUAUCCUUGUUGGGACCAAACAGUUGAUUCCCAUUCAAAAUCCUAUUUUCCCUAACCCUUAUCCUAACUCCUAACCCUAAACCUAGCCCCUAAUUCUAACCCUAAUUGUAAAACUAAGCCUAAAAUAGCCUUUUUCCUUGUGGGGACCAGAGAAAUGUCCCCACUUGUCCGAAUGUUCCUUGUUCCUUGACUUCAACCAAAAACACACACACACACACCACUCCAACUGAUAUGAUGACAGGUGUUUUCCCCCCAGGGGCUGAGUGAUCAUGACUUUGUUGAGUCCAUGAGGCUGGAGGCAGUGAAUCCUGUCUCUCCUGAGCAAGUCCACGUGGCAACUGUAACCAGGGUCAGAGGUCAGCACAUCUGGUUGCAUCUGGAAGGUGAGAACAGAACAGCUGGAGGAGAGAGAAGAGGGCUGGGUUGGAGGGAUGUAAGGUUUUGGGGGAGGGACAAGAAUGUUGUUAUCAUUACGACCUAUUCAAUUUUGGGUGUCAAUUUCAGUUACCUGAAUACUCAGUGUUAUUCUAUUUACAUAUUCAAUUUAGCCACAUGUUCAGCCACUCAUAACCUCCCCUCUGCUCUGUGUGUUCUCCCCAGGGUUGAAGCAGCCUCUGCCUGACAUCAUCACUCAUGUGGAUUCCCUGGACAUCUUUCCAGUCAGCUGGUGUGAGAGUAAUGGCUAUCCCCUCCAGCACCCCUCCAAACCUAGAGGUCAGGGUCCAAACAAGAACCUCCUGACCAUUUUGAUGGUUGGUCUACACUACCGGUCAAAAGUUUUAGAACACCUACUCGUUCAAGGGUUUUUCUUUAAAUAAAUGUCAGACAGUGUCACCAGCAAAGUACCCCCACACCAUAACACCUCCUCUUCCAUGCUUUACGGUGGGAAAUACAAAUGUGGAGAUCAUCCGUUCACCCACACCACAUCUCACAAAGACACGGCGGUUGGAACCAAAUAUCUCCAAUUUGGACUCCAGACCAAAUGACAAAUUUCAACAGGUCUAGUGUCCAUUGCUCAUGUUUCUUGGCCCAAGCAAGUCUCUUCUUCUUAUUGGUGUCCUUUAGUAGUGGUUUCUUUGCAGCAAUUCGACCUUGAAGGCCUGAUUCACACAGUCUCCUCUGAACAGUUGAUGUUGAGAUGUGUCUGUUACUUGAACUCUGUGAAGCAUUUAUUUGGGCUGCAAUCUGAGGUGAAGUUAACUCUAAUGAACUUAUCCUCUGCAGCAGAGGUAACUCUGGGUCUUCCAUUCCUGUGGCAGUCCUCAUGAGAGCCAGGUUCAUCAUAGCGCUUGAUGGUUUUUGCGACUGCACUUGAAGAAACUUUCAAAGUUCUUGAAAUGUUCCGUAUUGACUAAAAUGUAAGAAGGCACACCUGUUAAUUGAAAUGCAUUGGUUGAGAGAAUGCCAAGAGUGUGCAAAGCUGUCAUCAAGGCAAAGGGUGGCUAUUUGAAGAAUCUCAAACAUAAAAUAUAUUUUGAUUUGUUUAACACUUUUUUGGUUACUACAUGAUUCCAUAUGUGUUAUUUUAUAGUUUUGAUGUCUUCACUAUUAUUCUACAAUGUAGAAAAUAGUAAAAAAUAAAGAAAAGCCCUUGAAUGAGUAGGUUUUAUAAACCUUUUGACCGGUAGUGUAUAUCAGUGUUUUAUCUGAAUGUUACUGGCAGGUGUAGAUGUUGACUUUUGUACCUCUUCUGUUGCAGCUCAGAGGAAGAGCCGUGUGGCCGUGGUGCAACCAGAGAAGCAGUGAGUUUUGCAGACCUUGAAUAUUACGGAGAGAGGGAAUAGAAAUCAAAAGCUAAACUUACCUCUACUGUUAACCAACUUUGUGACGUGUUAGUUUAUUUUUAACUGUAUGUUUAUUUGGGUUUGAUCUGAUGGCAGAUCUCCACUUAAAGCCACGCCCCCUGAUACAGCAAGGCAGCAGGAUCUGAGCCAAUUGGAGAGCGGUGAGUGUAAUUCCUUGUGAAAAAUAAUUGGUACAAAAAUAAUGCAAAUGAGAAAAUCUUACGUGUGUGUGACUGUCUAUGUCAGCAGCUAACGGGAAGUAUAGCUGCCCAAAGAUCUACUUCAACCACCGCUGUUUCUCUGGCCCCUACCUGAACAACGGCCGCAUCGCUGAGCUGCCCCAGAGCAUCGGCCCCGGCAACUGUGUCCUGGUGCUGAAAGAGGUGAACAAGAGAGCAGCACACCUCUACCAGCUCCUCUCUAUCUUACACUCGCACAACUGUAGAUGACAACUCACUGUUAUCCACAUACAGAUACAUAUUCUAUUUAAUGAUGUGCUGUAUCCUACCAUAUAAUCUUCAAUGUCUUUCUAACCCCCCCUGUAUCCUCUCCUGUCCUGUGGUCCAGGUGUUAAUAAUAACACUGACUUGGCCUAAAGCAUUGUUCCCUGGCUCUGCUUAUAGCUAAUGAUCCCUAUGAAGCAGUGCCCUAGCCCUAGCCCUAGCCCUCACCCUCCGAUCCAACAGGUCCCAGACGUGCUCAAUGGGAUUGAGAUCCGGGCUCUUCGCUGGCCAUGGCAGAACACUGACAUUCCUGUCUUGCAGGAAAUCACGCACAGAAUGAGCAGUAUGGCUGGUGGCAUUGUCAUGCUGGAGGGUCAUGUCAGGAUGAGCCUGCAGGAAGGUACCACAUGAGGGAGGAGGAUGUCUUCCCUGUAAUGCACAGCGUUGAGAUUGCCAGCAAUGACAACAAGCUCAGUCCGAUAAUGCUGUGACACACCGCCCCAGACCAUGACAGACCCUCCACUUCCAAAUCGAUCCCGCUCCAGAGUACAGGCCUCGGUGUAACGCUCAUUCCUUCGACGAUAAACGCGAAUCCGACCAUCGCCCCUGGUGAGACAAAACCGCGACUCGUCAGUGAAGAUCACUUUUUGCCAGUCCUGUCUGGUCCAGCAACGGUGGGUUUGUGUCCAUAGGUGACGUUGUUGUCGGUGAUGUCUGGUGAGGACCUGCCUUACAACAGGCCUACAAGCCCUCAGUCCAGCCUCUCUCAGCCUAUUGCGGACAGUCCGAGCACUGAUGGAGGGAUUGUGCGUUCCUGGUGUAACUCGGGCAGUUGUUGUUGCCAUCCUGUACCUGUCCCGUAGGUGUGAUGUUCGGAUGUACCGAUCCUGUGCGGGUGUUGUUACACGUGGUCUGCCACUGCGAGGACGAUCAGCUGUCCGUCCUGUCUCCCUGUAGCGCUGUCUUAGGUGUCUCACAGUACGAACAUUGCAAUUUAUUGCCCUGGCCACAUCUGCAGUCCUCAUGCCUCCUUGCAGCAUGCCUAAGACACAUUCAUGCAGAUGAGCAGGGACCCUGGGCAUCUUUCUUUUGGUGUUUUUCAGAGUCAGUAGAAAGGCUUCUUUAGUGUCCUAAGUUUUCAUAACUGUGACCUUAAUUGUGUACCGUCUGUAAGCUGUUAGUGUCUUAACGACCGUUCCACAGGUGCAUGUUCAUUAAUUGUUUAUGGUUCAUUGAACAAGCAUGGGAAACAGUGUUUAAACCCUUUACAAUGAAGAUCUGUGAAGUUAUUUGGAUUUCUAUUAAUUAUCUUUUUUUGCUGAGUUUAUUUCUGUAUGCUGUAGAUUUGCUCUGUUCUUGGUCACUAUGUAUAACACCACAGUAUAUGGUAGUAGUCGAGUGACACUGAGGAUAUACAUUCUCUCUGCUGCAUAAACAUCAUACUGGAAGAGAUGCUCCCUACCACAUUGGUCUCUGACAGACAGUAAUGGAUCAGAUUCUGCUCUGGACCAUGUUGUGGUGUGUAGGUACAAAGGGAAGAGUUACCGGGCCACUGUGGGGAUUGCCCGUACAGCUGACCAGGUGGCUGAGUUCUGCAGGAAGAUGUGUGUGAGGCUGGAGUGCUGCCCCAACCUGAUCGCACCUCACAUGGUGCUAGAACACUGCUCGGAGAACUGCUCCCUUCUCACCAAGACCAAAUACAGUACGUGCUACCAAACACGCACACACACAUACAUAUUUGCAUACUUACACAUGUGUAUGCAUGUACAGUACACACACACAGACACAAACACAUGCAGACUUAGAUUGUAUUUACAAUGUACUUAUCAAUAUUUAUCUAUACAAUACGUAAAAAUUUAUGCACAUAUGACUAAGUCGCUUUGGAUAAAAGCGUCUGCUAAAUGGCUAGCACUCCUGUUAUUAUUUUUGUGGGUCUAAAAUAGUUUGCUUGGUGUAUGUCUGUGUGCUCUAUAGCUUAUUACUAUGGUAAGCAGAAGACCAAGCGAAUCAGCCAUCCCCCUGGCGGUCUCACUAACAUGGAGAGCAGCACGAAGCAGGGGAGCAGGAGGAAGAAGAGAAAGCCCCUGUUUGUCCACAAGAAGAAACGCCUGUCUACCCCUGCUGGCUCCCCACUGGUACUGCACAUUCUUACAUCAUUCAACUCAUUCAACUGCCAUUAACUUGGUCAUCACAGAGAAGCUAGAAGUAGUUGCCCCUAACCAUUGGUCCAGCAUGCAGGGCAAUCUGAUUCUAGAUCUGAUGUUACGGGGAACUUUUAUAUGGAAGGAGCCAGUAAUCAAACUCAUAACUGUCCCCUUUCUUCCCACCCCAGGCUAGUGGAGAGGAGGAGGACCUGGAUGAGGACUACUCUCUGAGUGAGGAGGACUCAGGCUCAGAGCAGCAGAAUGACUCUGAGGUGUCAGAGAGGAAGUCCCAGCCCCCCUCUCCCUCCCCCUGUCCCACCCCUACAGAACCUCGCCCCCGGGACAGACCCUGUCGCCAGCGUAGGAAACCCGCCCGCUCACCCUCCUACUCAGAUGAUGAGAACCAGCCCACCUUACCUAAGGUAGUGGUGGUUACAUAAUUAUACACACACACACACACACUGAUCCUGGAACUAUAUAUGUGUAACCCCCCUGUGUGUGUGUUCUGUCUCAGAGUGGGAGGGUGGAGGUGCAGGAGAAGCUGCAUCUGGACAGCAGUCCUCUGGGCUGGAGCAUCACUGACGUGACCCGUUUCAUCAGAACUACUGACUGUGCCCCGAUGGCACGCAUAUUCAGAGACCAGGUAGGAGUGACACACACACACACACAGCAGAAAACACACACACUUACAUACUCACAUACACACACGCACAGUGUGCUAAUUUUCUGAGUCAUGUUGUUGUGUGUGUUGACAGGAGAUAGAUGGCCAGGCCCUGCUGUUGCUGAGCCUGCCCACAGUACAGGAGUGUAUGGGGCUGAAGCUGGGCCCUGCCAUCAAACUGUGCCACCUUAUAGAGAGGGUUAAACUGACCUUUUACCAGCACUUUGCCAGCUGA